ACUCAAAUCGAUGCAACGGAUGACGCGUUUCUGUCAUUGGCUGGGGACGAGGUAACGCAUGUGCACAAGUGAAGCGGCAUCCGCUCUACAUCGUUGUGGAUUAAGACUUCUCGAACGAGAACUAAUCUUUUUUUAUGUAGUUUACACAUACAGAGAGUUGGAAUGACGCAGUAUUUGCCACCAAACUUGCUGGCACUGUUCGCUGCUCGCGAUCCUCUGCUGUAUUUAACGCCUACUGAUAAACUCCCUCAUGAGAAGAAGCGUCCACCAUACCUUGGCUUGAGUGGUUUCUUGAGUAAUUUUGAGGAUCCAAAAGACACCCCACCGCCCACCCGAGUCGAGACAAGGGAUGAGAGAAAAGAACGAAAGCGCAAGGAGCGUCAGGAGCAACACGCCUACAAACUGGAGCAGGACCUGGCGUUGUGGGAUCCAGCUAGCGUGCCGACUGCGACUUCUGACCCCUACAAGACGCUUUUCAUCGCCAGAAUCAACUACGACACAAGUGAAUCCAAACUUCGGCGAGAGUUUGAAGUGUAUGGUCCAAUUAAAAAGAUCUGCUUGAUCACAGAGAAGAACGCCGGCAAGCCACGAGGCUACGCCUUCAUCGAGUAUGAGCACGAGCGUGACAUGCACUCGGCCUACAAACACGCCGACGGCAAGAAGAUCGACGGGCGCCGCGUGCUGGUGGACGUGGAGCGGGGCAGGACGGUCAAGGGCUGGCGACCCCGGCGACUAGGUGGCGGACUGGGAGGCACACGCAAAGGGGGUCCGGACGAAAACACGCGCUUUUCUGGACGCGACGAGUAUUCACAAGGCAACGCGGGCUUUGAAGAGCAGGCAGGUGCUGGUGCUGGUGGUGGUGGAGGAGGAGGAGGCGGCGGCGGAGCUGGUGGAGGUGGCGGUGGCGCUGGUGGUGGUGGUGGUGGUCGAGGUGGCCGUGUAGAGCGCUCCCGCAGCAGAGAGCGGCGACGCCGCAGCAGAUCGCGCAGCCGUGAGCGCAACAAGCGGGGCGCCAGCCGAGAGCGGGAACGACGCCGCAGCCGCAGCAAGGAACGACGUAGAGACAAGGAGGAGCGUGGGCCUGAAGUGGAGGACGAGGACACUCGCAAGGACAAGAAGCGCAGUCGUCGCUCGCGCUCACGUGACCGCAAACGCAGCCGCUCACGGGACAGGAAGCGCUCGCGCCGCAGCCGUUCCCGUGACCGCGGGCGACGUUCGCGCGAGUUCCGCAUCAAAGAGGAGGCGGAGGCUAACCUGGAGCCUCCCUUCGGCGACAGCAGCGGCGGCGGCUACAACAACUAUGACGCCUCCAACGGCGCGGGCGGCUACGCAGGGGCUGAAGGUGACGGCAACUACAUGGGCGAAGACUUCGGCCAGGUGCGGGUGAAACAGGAGCCCCAAGAUGAUGGCUACCCCGCCUACACCGCUAACUUACAGCAGGACCAGCAGGACGAGGGCGAGCAGUGAGCCUCGGUGGCCGACGGGACAGAAACUGUGAAGGGGGAGGGACAUGGAAAUGAAUGGGGUGGGGGAGAACAGGACUGGUCGCACUAGCUGUAUUUUAUUAAUUGGAAAAGUUUUUACUCUGUAAUGCCAACGUUUCAUAGACGGAACAUGUGUUGUAGGCAAGAGUCCGACAAAUACUUGUGCAGACUUGUGUGACUUUAUUGACCAAGUAUCCCGCUUCCUUCUUAUGAGUGUAUUAACAGAUAAUCUACAUAACGACUUUCAAAAGGCUGUUGGAGGUUUAAGAGGGGGCGGGGUAACAUGAUUUUAAGACUUUUUUGUCAUAGUUGAAGGUAAGAAGUCUUGACCUCUUAUGGCGUCUAGACUACACAGGUGACGUCUGAUAGGUGAAGUGAUGAGGGAAUCAUGACAGUUGCCAUACUCGCGGGCUGGAGACCAAACCGUCGCUUUCUGCGACUGCACUGGCCUCGGCUCGCUGGUGUCCGUGCCACGGGCCGGUAUCAAUGACGCGACCUCGUCCGUGUUCUGAGUAGUUAUCUCCCUUGCUUGCUCCAGACUUUACCCGUGAAACCCUUUUUUGUUAGCUUUGUUUUUGUUAGGGUUAGGGUUAAUAGUAUAACAAACUGGAAGGACAGCACACGAGCACAAGUUUCACAAUGUCGGACUGAAUUUCUACACCUAUUACCUUUCUGGCAGAUGAUGACGCUUUCUUCUCCCUCCUCUUCUCCCCUCCUCCCCCCAAAAAAUCUGGUCGGAAGCUAGAAAUGUUAGUAGACAGUAGUCAGAGUUUGCGUUGGGAGAUUGAGUGCGUGCGUGUUGGGGUAGAUUGGGAAGCCUAGACUUUUUCACCUGCUGUGUUCGAACCUAUAACAGACCUAGGCUGAAAUCCUGGUGAGCGUUGGCUGUAAGGCAGGUACAACGUUUGUUUUUAACCAGCCCCAGUGUAUGAAGUGUAGCUACUGAAACCUACCUUACAGCGGCGACCUGGAAACGAGUGGUGAUGUGACGGACCGACACCUGCUUGCGUCUUACACUUUUGCUUUUGUGCAUUUUAUUGAUGUGGUCUUGAGAGUUGCUAGAGUUUAGUUUGACUUGUUUGUGUUGCACAUUGAAGAGGGGGAUGGGAGAAGUUCGUCGAGGAAAGAAUAAAACUGACAGCACUAAAGA